AUGGCUGCUGCAGAGCGAGAUGUACAACUGCGCAACCGACUCGGCACGCUUGGCCCGCCAGCCUUUCGCUUCCAAGAGUAUGACCAUCUCCCUCUGUAUGCGCGCGUCAUUCCCGUGCACGACCAGGAUGCGAUGGGAGCCAAGCCCCGCCGCAUGAAUAAAGGAGUAGCGUCGCUGACCGCCGAAGCGCGGCCCCUCAUUGUCCAAGUCUCGGUGUACUCUCGGCGGGGCGUCGCACUCACGCGCAAGACGCGCGGCCUCGCCGGGCCGAACUCUUCGAUGGAGGGCGCAUACGAGACGCCGACGACGGACGACAUGGACGGCGAGCUUGUCCUCGCCCAGCGCCUGGAAAUUACGUGUGAACAUACGCUGGAGGACCUCGUCCGCGAAAUUGUCUGUCGCAACGGCGAUAUCCCUGAGCGUGUCAACGAAGAAGGAAGUGAGUCUUUGGUACAUGGAGGGAACUGGACGGGCGCGUAUGACCAAGGAAGCAAGGCUCAAUACCCCAAGUACACCGGCGGCAUGCUCCAGACGGACGCGUGCCUGCUCCUCGAAGGCAUGCUGUAUGGCAUGCAGCCUGUCGAGUCCGAGACGAGCUAUGCGCGGGCCCUGCUGGAGUCCCCACUUGCACCGUCCGAGCGCGCGGACGUAUACCCCCAAACGACUUUUCUUCAGCGCUGGAUGCAGACAUCGCUUGCGCGGCAAUACUAUGCCCCCAAAAAGCUCGUGGCGCUUGGCGACCACGGCAUCCCUUGCUGCGUGUGUGGCGGCAUGCGCGAUGCGACUACUGCCGUACUAGGCGGAGACACGGUGCGCACGCGGUCCGGUGACCGUGUGCGUUUGAAUGGCAUGGCACAGAUUGUGACGCACUGCUGCGACGUGUGCCUUCAAGCGGCGCUUGGGCCGGACUGCGUGCCCGAUGCGGCGCCGCGGUCGUGGACCGUGAUGCCACUGCCGCGUCCCAGUGGAUCUGCCAAAUAG